AUGGCACCCCAAGUUGGUGAUCUUCAGUUCGAACCUCUAGCUGUUGAUCAGGAAAAGGCACAGACAUUCGAAAGGGACCGGAAAGUCGAUACAAGCAAAGUCCCUCUUCGAGUUCGAUUCGCCGAAAAUCCAGACUCACACAGAACUCCACGGUGUCCUACAUCCAGAGCAGCAUCCCUGUUCAUAGGAAACGUCUUGAUAGUUAUCUCUGUCGCUGUUGCCUUGUUCCUGGUCGCUGCGCAGUUCGAUAGCUUAGCAUGGGACUAUUGGCGCUCAGAUAUUUCCAAUCCAGGAACCAAUGUGUCAACAUGCGCUACGGACACCCAAUACCUACUUGGUGUUGGCAAAGGUGACAUUACCGGUCCAGUGGUUGAGAUCAACCUCAUGGGCUACGCCGAUCCAAAACAGCUGGGUACCGGUCUUCGUCAACGACUUUACUCGCGAGCCUUUAUUGUCGGGAGUCUCGAGCGUCCUCAAGAUCGAUUCGUUUACCUGGUUCUCGAUACGCAGUCCGGCGAUACUGCGGUCCGAUAUGGUAUCAUCAAAGCCUUGAAAGAGCUAGGUCCCGAAUAUGCCUUUUAUGGCCACCACAACAUCGCCCUUACAGGCACCCAUUCCCACGCCGGACCCGGAGGGUGGUUGAACUAUCUAUUACCACAGAUCACGAGCAAAGGUUUCGAUCGCCAGGGAUACCAAGCCAUUGUCGACGGCGCGGUCUUGUCCAUUCGAAAGGCGCACGAGAGCUUACAACCAGGAUACCUCAGCGCAGGCACAACCAAAGUUUUCGGAGCAAACAUCAAUCGCAGCUUAUUCUCUUACCUCGCAAAUCCUGAAGCCGAACGCAUGAAAUACUUCAAGAGCGAGGAAGAGGAUGGCUCGGUGGAGAAGGACCUUACCAUGCUGAAAUUCCAGCGAGCGUCGGAUGGAAAGAAUAUCGGUGUUCUUACGUGGUUUCCUGUUCACGGAACCUCUAUGCUUGGCAACAACACUGUAGUGACUGGAGACAACAAGGGAGUUGCAGCUUGGCUCUUUGAAAAGAGCGUUCGUGGAGACUCGUCAGCAGCCGAGGAUUUUGUGGCCGGCUUCUCCCAGGCUAACAUGGGCGACGUCAGUCCCAAUGUGCUUGGGGCUUGGUGCGAGGAUGAAUCUGGGUCACAAUGCAGCUUCAAGAACAGCACUUGCAGCAACGGCAAAUCCCAGGCUUGCCAUGGCAGAGGCCCGGCCUUCAAGGUUCACGAUGAUGGCGCCAGCUCCUGCUUCGAGAUCGGAAGACGCCAAUUCGAACCAGCAAAGCAGUUAUAUGACCACCUUAUCAACAAUCCAUCACCGGUCCGAGGCCCAUGGGUUAAGGUCUUUCACACAUUCCAUGACAUGUCCAAUUUCACAUUCAUUCGGCCUGAUGGCAAACCCGCCCGCACCUGCCCAGCGGCAUUGGGGUAUUCCUUUGCUGCAGGAACGACUGAUGGGCCAGGGGCAUUCGACUUUACUCAGCACAACGGCAACGAGAACACGACAAUGCCUAUCUGGAAAGUUGUUCGGUAUUUCAUCAAGGCACCAGGCGACGAACAGAAGGCUUGCCAACAUCCCAAGCCUAUCCUCUUGGAUGUAGGCGAGAUUCUUAGGCCUUACGAUUGGAGUCCCAACAUUGUUGAUGUACAGGCCUUCCGUGUCGGACAAUUUGCCAUCGUCGUCAGCCCAGGCGAAGCCACCACCAUGGCUGGUCGUCGGUGGAAAGAGGCCGUAGGCCAAAGCUUCAAGAGGAUUCUCGAUCAAGACAUGGGACAGACCUACGGCUACACUGGUGGACCUUCGAGCCAUCCCAUUGUCGUCUUGGGCGGACCCGCAAACACUUACACGCACUAUAUCACCACCGAAGAGGAGUACCAGAUUCAGCGGUACGAAGGAGCAUCGACACUCUACGGACCCGAUACGCUCAAUGCUUACAUUAACGUGACUCUAUCAUUCCUCCCUUACCUUUCUUCCAAUUCUACCAGCCCGCCGGUCCACGAUGGAAAGUCGUUCCCGCCUGACAACACGAACCGAUCAUUGUCUUUCAUCCCGGCGGUGGUCCGUGACGCGCCACCACUCUUCAAAGGCUUUGGAGACGUUCUGGUUGAUGUUGACUCGGCGCGAGGAUACCAUAGGGGAGACGCGAUCCGGGCGGUGUUUGUUGGUGCCAAUCCCAGAAACAACCUCAGGUUAGAGGGAACGUACGCGGCAGUAGAGAAGUUGUUUGUCGACCAGGUGAACCCUCAAAAGUCUGAGUGGCGGACCGUGAGAAACGACGAGGAUUGGAGCUUGAUCUACAGCUGGAAGAGGAAGAACAGUGUGAUGGGAACGAGUGAGGUGGAGAUUACGUGGGAAACAGGGGAAGAGACCGAUGAGUGGUGGGAUAAAGAGCUCGGGCCGGGAGUGUAUCGUCUCAAGUAUUACGGCGAUAGCAAGAGCUUGUUUGGGGGCAAGGUCCAGGAGUUUGAGGGCGUCAGCGGGGCGUUUACCUUGGUAUGA